GCUGUGUCGUACAUACUAUUCCUGAUAAGUUUCCUAGCCGUACACUGUCAGUAUGUCUACGAAUCCAUUGGUGACACCACCAUGACUCGGGAAGUACUGACAAAAAUGAACUAUAUUUUAGAACUGGUUACCCUUCAAUUGUUUUGUAUAACUGCGUAUUUCUGUGCGUUUACAAAUCGUUGCACUUACGUAAAAAUAAUAAACGGUAUGAUAAAAUUUGUUGAACCACCAAAUAUAAAUAUGGAGCAGGAAGUGAAGCGUUGUCGAAAUCAAGUGAACGUUAUACUGGUUUUCCUAUUAUCGGUGUUUUUACUGCAGAUUUGUGUGAACUUCACUCGUGAUUCACCAAUUUGGAAGACUAUUUUAGUCUGUAUCUCAUUUCUUCUGCCGCAAAUGAUACAGUUCACAGUGAUAGCAUUUUAUUACGUGCUCGUUCUGAUGCUCAUUGUGUUGCUAAAAAAUGUUAAACUUCACUUAAUCAAUUUGAUAAAGAACGAUACAAAGGUUAUGGAUUAUUAUACGAAGGCAGAGACGAAGAUCACAACACUGCAGUAUAUGGAAUCUUUGUACUCGAAAGCUUUUGAAAUGAAGAGAGAGAUUAUUGGAGCUUUUCAGGCGCCCCUUUUGGUGACAACGUUGCAAUGUUUCCAUUCCAUCGUGAGCGAGGCCCACAUCAUAUACCAUGGGCUGGUUGUCGAGAGAGAGUUCUCCCUGCACUCUAUUUUUAAUUGCUCCAUAUGGAUAAUUUAUCAAAUCAUAAAAAUUUAUAUCAUCUCCAGAUCAGGAAGUUUAUUGAAGCAAGAGAUACAACAUUUCUCUUCGUUAAUGUCAUAUCAAGGAGAAGAUAUGACGGCAUACGGAUUGGUUAACUUUGAUUCAGCUUUACUGUCUAAGAUCACUGCAUCUUCGGCAAUGUACUUAACUAUAUUGGUGCAGUUUGAUAAAAAAUAACGCCGAAACAGAAAACUGUACUACACGUAAACUACCCACUGUACAGAAGCAAGAACUUCAAUUAUCACAGACUUAUAUCCAAGAACCAGCCAAUGUUUUAUUAUACAGUGUUUCUAUUUGAUCUCGUUUUAUAAUUAUUAAUUAUACUAAAUAUGAUAAAUGUUGUGUCAUUAUCCGAUUUACCUAUCUAUUUUAAACUCACUACAGGACACAACUAAUAAGUUGUGGUAUAUUAUUAUUUUACUCAAUAACAAGUAACUAAGUCAUUUCGCCGAGACAAAAUAAGGCAUAAAGCGGCGAUUAGACUAGACUACAUGUAGUGCACUACCUCAUGUAGUUUCCUACGAAAGGACAAGUGUAAUCAUAGUUAGGCAUGAAGGACACUACAUAUCGGAGAUUGACGGGUCCCGACCGUCCUACAUCCUAGGUAGAAUCCAACUUAGGCAUCCUACAUAGGCCAGUGUAAACAGAACGUCCUAACUCCAACUUGUAGGACGCCAAUUUGUAGUGCACUACAUGUAGUCUAGUGUAAUCGUCGCUUAAGCUGCAACCCGCUGUCUGUUGCCUAAAUUCUGAUGGAAUCAGAAUUCAGAACCCGCAGUUUUAAAAUACGUGUUAUGAUGGUGCUACCACUACAGACUGUAGGUAAGUACCUAGGUACGUUUAUCAAAUUGUCUCAUUUCCUUCGUUUUCGAAAUUUCCGG